AAGAAGUUCAAAAUUAUAAUUUUGAUUGGUUUUAUAGAUUAAAUUUAUAGAAUAUACUUAGGGAAUAUGAUUUUAUUCCCAUUUCAAGUUUAGCAUACAAAAAUCUUUAUAGAUUAUUGAAGUUUUUAAGUUGUAUGUUGUGUUAUUGUUGAGAAAAACAUGACUUCGUUUGAUGCCAAGUACGAUAUGUAUCCAGCUGGUGAUGUGGGCGUAGUAGAAGGGGAAAUGAACAUUCCAAAUCAAGGAGUUCCAUCUGGGAAUAGCAUGGAAUUUAACACUCUUGAUGAACCCAUCAAAGAGACAUUUAUGAGGGACUUAAGAGCAGUGGGCAGCAAAUUUUUUCAUGUUCUUAUACCUAGGGAGAAGACAAGUUUAUUAAAAGAAUGGGAUUUGUGGGGCCCAUUAUUGCUAUGUACUUUCAUGGCUACCAUACUGCAAGGGUCAUCGGACACAGCAAAUACAAAAAUUGGCGAUGGAGGUCCAGAAUUUGCAGAAGUUUUUGUUUUAGUUUGGAUAGGAGCAGGGAUUGUUACAUUAAAUUCUAAGUUAUUGGGAGGAAAUAUGUCAUUUUUCCAGUCUGUGUGUGUGUUAGGCUACUGCCUUUUACCAGUUGCAUUGUCUCUAGUCAUCUGCCGGAUAAUACUGUUUGCAACCCAGAAUACUUUCCUGUUCUUCCUGCGAUUCGUCAUAUCCAUGACUGGGUUCAUGUGGGCAACAUUAGCUGCUACGAAAUUUCUAGGAGAUAGCCAGCCGGAGGGUAAAAAGGGGCUCGCAGUAUAUCCCAUAUGUUUAUUCUAUUUCAUAUUAUCAUGGCUGGUAUUGUCUCACAACGCUGCCUGAAUGCACAGUAUAUCAGUAACAUCAACUUUAUUCACUAUAGACGACUAAUACACAGUGAACACUUUUAGCUUAGAUUUAUACGUCUAGAUCAUAGGUUCUCAACGUGGGCGAUAACGCCCCCUUGUGGGCGUUUGAGUCUUUCGGGGGGGCAGUAGAACACCCAGAGAAAAUUAGGGGGCAUUGAGAUGGCGCAGAUGGGGCGUGGGUAGAUUAAAAAAUAUAGUCUAAAAAGGCAAAAAAAUCCACGAAAAUACUCUACAAAAAACAUAUUCUCAAAGUGGGCGGUGAGCAAAAUAAGGUUGAGAAACUAUGGUCUAGAUAGACAGCUGUGAAAACGUCGAAAAAUUUUUUUUCGAACUACCCUCUAUUUUCAGGAAUGGACAGUGUCAUACAAAUCGCGAGUGUAAGACGUAGCUUGUCACACACACUAAACUAUUAUACUUGGAAUGUUUUUAUCGGUUGUCUAACAGCAAGAUACUCUAUCUAGACAUAUUAAUUAUCUAAGACAUUUAGAUACAAAAUUAGCAACACAGAUCUUAUAUGAAUCCACAGAACCUGAAGCAAUAGAUUGCGAUAUGUUCUCUCUCACCUCAAUAAGUGGACUGUAUUGCUGCAUUGCGGAUAUCUAUUAGAAGCCUACUGUGUUAUAAGGUUGAUGAUAAUUUAAGACUAGUAGGAUAAUCUGUGAAUAAUAUUUUAAUUAAGUUAUUUAUAAUAUAUAAUUAUAAUAUAAACAAUUUGUUAUUUUUAAAGUGAUAACCCUCACUUAUGGGAUUUAUUAUACAAAUCAAAUAUGUUACCAACAUUUAUGAACGAUGCGGGGCUUGAACCCGCGACCUCUCGGGUUCCGUCCGAGUGCUUUUACUAACUGAGCCAACCGUUCGAGUACGCAUGGAUCGUUAAUUUUGGUAUAUUUUGUUCAACUCUCAGAUUUGAAAGAGCGACAUCUCAAGUCAAUUUGCUAAAAUGCAAUUAUUGGGGUUGAGCAGGUUAUCAACUGUAAAGUAGAUCCUAUAGAUGAAACCACAACCUGAGAGUUAAACAAGACAUACCAAGAUUGACGAACCAUACGUCAAUCGAGCGGUUGGCUCAGUGGAAGAGCGCUGUGACGGAACCUGAGAGGUCGCGGGUACGAUGUUCCGCAUCGUUCAUUAUUUUUUGGUUACAAAUGUAAUUUGUAUUACAUAUAAUAUAUAAAUGUAACUUGUAAUCAAUGUUUUUAGUGUGACAGCAGCAUUUUUGUGAUACAACGGUAUUGUCAUUAAGUAUUACCGUAUUAAUUGUAAAUAUUAAUGUACUUAGUUUUUAUUAUGUUAUAUGAAAUUUUUGUUCGAAGGUCAAAAUUAGUAUAAUACAUUCAAAAUGGACAUGCAUGUAUUCCAUUGUAUUACAUACUGAUAUUUCUUCUACAUAAUAUUAUCAACUGAAACUUGACUUAUUCAAAAAAAUAUUGUAUUUUCAAAGAUUUUAUUUUAUUAAAAUUUUAAAUCUGUAAGUAUAUUUUGUUAAUAA